AUCUGACCCCCAUGCCGGUCCAAAUGUCAUGGUCAUGGUGCCAUGGUGGAGUGGUUAGUUAGCUCACACGCCUCAUCCAUUGAUCCAUCCAUACGAACAAGUGUAAUACUAGUAGGAAUUUAUAUUACUCUAAACUACUCCAUCCAUGUCACCGGCCAUAGCUUUCCAUCCAUGUCACCGGCAAUAACUCCCUGCCUGACACUGUCACCGGAAGUGGGAUGCUGAGGCCGCCUUCCUAAAUACGCCUACCCACCCUCGACCUCAAUUAUACGGGGAGGAGGAGGCCCGGGCCGAGAGGGUAUGUAAAUGCCGUCGUCGUCGUCGUCUUCGGAAUCACAGCUCAACGAGACAGGGACGAGCAGCAGCGGCAGCUGGGGCGGCCUGCCAUGUCGUCUUCGUCCGCGGCGCGGCACGGCCCGUCCAGCGGCGGCGAGGCGUGGUUCUGCACCACCGGGCUGCCCAGCGACGUUGUGUUCGAGGUGCAGGACAUGAGCUUCCAUCUCCACAAGUUCCCGGUCAUGUCCAAGAGCCGCAAGAUCAGCCGCAUGCUUGCCGAGCAGGACGAGCAGCGUCCGCCGGUUCAGCGGCCGCGGCGGCAACGACGUGGGAGCUCCGGAGGCAAUGCCGAGGAGCAUGUUGCGGCGGAAACAGAGAUUGAGGAAGCAGAGGAGGAAGAGGAGGAGGACCAGCGGCAGGAUGUUAGGAUGGAAGACGGCAAGUCGUACCGCAUUGCCUUCCCGGACUUCCCCGGCGGGCCGGGCACCUUCGAGGCGGCCGCCAAGUUCUGCUACGGCGUCCGCGUCGAGCUCACGCCCUGGAACGUCGCGCCGCUGCGGUGCGCGGCGGAGUACCUGGAGAUGACGGAGGAGCACGCCGAGGACAACCUGGCCGCGCGCGCCGAGGCCUACCUUUCGCGGUCCGUGCUCCGCCACCCCGGCGAGGCCACCAAGGCGCUCAAGUCCUGCGAGGAGCUGCUGCCGCACGCCGAGGAGCUCGGCAUUGUCGCCCGCUGCGUGGAGGCCAUCGCCGCGCGCUCGUCGGGGACAUCGCGCUCCUGGUUCGGCGACCUGGCCGUGCUCGGCCUGCACAUGUACAAGCGGGUGAUGGCGGCCAUGGCCGCGCGCGAGGACGUGAGGACGGAGGCUUUGGAAGGCUGCCUCGUGUCAUACGCCAAGGCCACCCUUCCCGGGCUGUCGAGGUCCAUGCGGUGGCGCCGCUCGUCCGCGCCGGUGUCUUCCGAGGUGGAGCAGAAAGACCUCCUGGAGGCGGUGGUCGCGAGCCUCCCCGCGGACAAGGGCUCGGGGAGCGUGGUGACCGCGAAGUUCCUGUUCGCGCUGCUUCGGACGGCGCACAUCCUGCGCGCUUCCGACGCGGCGCGCGCGGCGAUCGAGCGGAAGGCCGCGACGCAGCUGGAACAGGCAACAGUGGAAGACGUGCUCAUCCCGAGCUACUCCGGCGCCGCGGAGACGCUCUACGACGUGGACUGCGUCGAGCGGGUGGUCAGGCACUUCCUGGCCGAGGAGGAGCUCGGCGAGGACGAGGCGUCGUCGUCAGCUGCAAUCGCCGAGGAGGAAGCGGCGGCGGCAACAUCGGCGUCGCGUCCGUCGGCCGUGGCAAUGGUGCAGGUGGGCAAGCUGGUGGACAACUACCUGGCAGAGGUCGCGUCCGACGCCAACCUGAAGCCCGCCAAAUUCUGCGAGCUCGCGCUGGCACUGCCGGACCACGCCCGCAUCUACGACGAUGGCGUCUACCGCGCCGUCGACAUCUACCUCAAGGCGCAUCCGCGGCUGACGGCGGAGGAGCGGGACAGGGUGUGCGGCGUGGUUGACUGCAGGAAGCUGACGGUGGAGGCGUGCACGCACGCGGCGCAGAACGAGCGGCUCCCGCUGCGCGCGGUGCUGCAGGUGCUCUUCUUCGAGCAGCUGCAGCUCCGCCGCGCCAUCGCUGGCACGCUCCUGGCGUCCACGGCUUCCCCGCGAGCGCGGCAUCCGCAGCGUCCGGCGGCCGCUCUGCGUCACGCGGCUGGCCCGAGCGAGACGUGGCGGGCAACGGCGGUGCAGGACAGCCAGGUGCUGCGGCUGGACAUGGACGGCAUGAGGAGCCGGGUGCAGGGCUUGGAGAGGGAGUGCUCCAGCAUGCGGAGGGCGAUCAAGAAGAUCGACGGCCGCAGCGGCGGCGGCGCGUCGCCCGGCAGCGGCAGCGGCAGCCCGGACGCGGACGCAGACGGCCCGGCGGGCUGGCGGUCGCGGUACGGGUGCAAGUUCAGCACGCAGGUGUGCGACUCGCAGGCGCGCGACGCGGUCGUGUCCAGGGCGUCCAGGAUGGGGAUGAGCCCAUGACGGAACCAUGCUGGUGUGCAGUGCAGUGCAGCGCAGGAUGAUCGGCGGCCAAUUCUCCCAUCCCGUUCGAACGCGACAUGUUUCAUGAUCCGAGAAGAGCUCGACGCUCGAGAUGAAAAUGGUUGAGAGGAUCCAUGUUGUCACGGCUAGCCAACAGAGAGAUCGAGCGCGGCAAAAUUUCUCACCCCUUGUCGUCUCGUCUGUGUGACGCACCCGAUUCGUGUGCCCUGAGCCUUGAGGGCGUGUGACCAUUGCCAGUUGCGUGGGCACUGGGCAGCAACCGGGGCUGUUUGUUCAUGUUCGUGCGUCCAUGUGUGCUGUCUCUGUACGAUAAUGCUUAGCUUGUGUGCGUUGUGCUUGUAUAAUUGGGGCCUUUGCAGGGUGGCGGUCUAUACGGCAUUUUGGUGUUACGUGAA